UUACUUUAAUUUUAACUGAUUAUAAGUUUAUUCUUUCUGUAAUAUAUUUUCAGUUCCAAUGCAGAAUGCAACUUUCAACUUUGUGUUGGGUUUGUCGGUCGGCCUCGUGUUUGCAUUCCUUGCAGUGUCUUACAUGUCAGGGCCGUCGAGCAUUUCCAUACACACACCACGUCGAAUACCGGUUGAAGAAGCCAGCAAAUUUAACAACGUGCACGAUUCUGUCUUGACACAUGAAGAUCUAGAUAAGAUUCAACAAAUCGUGCGUCCAGUCCAGUUCCAAGAUGCUCACGCUCAUCAUGAUGACGACAAAGAAGCGGUGGAUUUAAAAAAGAAAAUCCGGGUCCUUUGUUGGGUAAUGACCAGUCCAAAAAACUUACAGAAGAAAGCUAUUCACGUCAGAAAUACUUGGGCUCAUCGGUGUAACAAACUUAUUUUUAUUAGUUCAGAAACGAACACAAGUUUUCCCACUAUAGGAAUAGAUGUCCCCGAAGGAAGAGAUCAUUUGACUGGUAAAACGAUGAAAGCGUUUAGAUACAUUUUUGAGAAUCAUUUUAAUGAGGCAGACUGGUUUAUGAAAGCAGACGAUGAUACCUACGUCAUUUUAGAAAAUUUACGUUACUUCCUUUCUAGUCAAAAUAAAGACGAUCCAAUUUAUUUUGGACAUCAUUUUAAACCUAUAGUGAAGCAAGGUUACUUUAGUGGGGGUGCCGGAUAUGUUCUUAGCAAACAGGCAUUGAUGCGAUUUGGCGCGCGCGGGAAUGAUUCAAAAAUAUGUCGCCAAGAUGGCGGCGCAGAAGAUGCAGAAAUCGGCAAAUGUAUGCAGAAUUUAGAAGUGAAAGUUGGAAAUUCUACGGAUAAGCUUGGAAGAAGUAGAUUUCAUUGUUUUGAUCCGGAAACCCAUUUAAGAGGAGGGUAUCCUGACUGGUACUAUAAAUAUGAUGCUCAUGGUGCUAAAAAGGGGAGAGAAAGUAUAAGCGAUUACGCAAUCUCAUUUCACUAUGUUCCGCCAGCAAAAAUGUACAGCCUCGAAUUCUAUGUUUAUCAUCUUCGACCAUACGGAAUAAAUUCCGGACACCAGGAUUUAAACAAGGACAUUUAACAUGUGAUAAUUUAUUUGUAAUAAAUCCACAAUAUUACAUUAUUAUACUAUCUAUACCUUACAUACAUGUGUUCCAUCUAAAGUUAACCAAAUGCAGUGGCCAUUUGAAUGAUGUUAUAUUCAAGAUGACGUCAGCAUUCCAAAAGUGACCGCCUUCGGACAACUAAACUGUUGCUUUAUUUCAUAAAACGUGCAUUAUAAUAAUAAUAAUAAAUUUUACUUUGAGCUUUUAGCUCAACUUUUCGAAAAUUUUGAGCUCUUGCUACAGUUAUCUUAUCGUUGCCGUUGUCUUUUGGCCAUUAUUGUUUUA